AACCUCCUCAAACUUCACCAACAAGGUUCACUAUGUUUUCAGAACUCAAAUAAAGGAAAUGAUCUCCCCUACAGAGGUCCUGAAAAUGUUGGAAUCUGACUUUGUUGAGAAGUUCCCAGAUGAUGUAAACAUCUCUCAAGAUGAUCUCAAAUUUCUAGCAAAGAUAAGGAAAGGCAUUAGACACAAGGAGGAUGGCCAUUUUGAAAUGCCACUCCCAUUCAAGAGUGAAAGGCCUAACCUGCCAGAUAACAAGGCAUGUGCUAUUCAUCGCCUCAAAUGUUCAGGAAAAAAGCUCAAGAGGAACAAGCAGUACUACAUGGACUACAAGAAGUUCAUGGAUGAGAUAAUAGCCCUUGGGGAUGCUGAAAGAGUACCAGAGCAAGACAUCGACAAGAGACCAGCUUGGUACAUCCCACACCAUGGGGUGUAUCAUCCCCAAAAACCGGGAAAGAUUCGCGUUGUCUUUGAUGCCUCCGCCAAGUUCAGAGACACCUCACUAAAUGACCAUCUCCUGACUGGUCCAGAGCUGACAAACACCCUGCUUGGAGUCUUGUAUCGCUUCCGAAGAGGCCCAGUGGCUUUCAUGUGUGAUAUUGAAAGCUUGUUCCACCAGUUUCAUGUGAAUGCUUGCGAUCAAGAUUACUUGUGGUGGGAGAACAGAGACCUCGAAACUCCAUUCACUGUCUACCGAAUGAAAGUACACUUAUUCGGCGCAGCGUCCUCUCCAGGUUGCGCAAACUAUGGCCUCAAACACCUCGCAGCUGAAGGAGAAGGAAGUUUUGAUGAAGAAACCAUCAAGUUCAUCAAAACUAACUUCUAUGUCGAUGAUGGACUAGGAAGUGUCGACACUGAAGAGCAAGCAAUACAGCUUGUCAAUGAAGCACGCAAGCUCUGCAGGAUGUGCAACCUUCGGCUGCAUAAGUUCAUCUCAAACAGCACCCAAGUUCUAGCUUUGCUUCCAAAGGAAGAAUGUGCUGUAGUUGCCAAAGAUCUAGAUAUGGCACUUGGUGAAGUGCACGUGUUUGUUGCAAACCGUGUCGAACGCAUCAAACAAGGUACAGAGUCAACACAAUGGUGGUAUGUAACUUCCAAAGACAAUCCGGCAGACCACGCCUCAAGAGGCCUUACAGCAGAACAACUUGUAGCUUCAAACUGGUUCAAGGGCCCAGAUCUUCUCUGGCAGAAGGUCAUAACCAGUAGUGUACUCAAGGUGGGAGAGUUAUCGAACAGUGACCCAGAGGUCAGGAAAGUUCAAGUCCACACGAUACAAGUAGAAGAACAAAGGUCAUUGUUAGAUUGGCUUCAGAAGUUUUCAGACUGGUUGAGAAUGAUUAAAGCUGUGGCCAGACUCAAGCGCUAUGUUAAAGAAGCAAAGGAUCACAAGAAGUCAUGUAACAUUGUUAACCUACAAGAGACAAAAGAAGCAGAGGUAACCAUAAUAAAGAUGGUCCAAGCAGCAGCGUUUACUCAGGAAAUAAAAACCUUACAACAUCAGGAGGUGAUGCAGACCAAAAACAGGGUCAGCAAGUUAUGUCCAUUUCUCGACAACCAAGGCCUUCUUCGGGAAGGCGGACGCUUAACACAUGCUGCUUUGCAUCCUAAUGUCAGUCAUCCUGUGAUCCUGCCAAAAAACAGUCAUGUGUCUACAUUACUCGUCAAACAUUAUCACGAGAAGACAUACCAUCAAGGAAGAGGGAUCACGAUGAACGAGCUGCGAGCUAAUGGAUACUGGAUACUUUGAUGCAGUAAGAUUGUUUCAUCUUACAUCUAUAAAUGUUUAAAAUGCAGAAGAUUCAGAAGGUGCACAGAGCAGCAGAAGAUGGCAGACCUCCCAGAGGAUAGGAUGGAAACUACACCACCAUUCACCUACUGUUGGAUGGACUGCUUUGGUCCUUUUUACGUCAAGGAUGGCCGCAAGGAGUUAAAGCGUUAUGGAUUGUUAAUCACCUGCAUGUGCUCCAGAGCAGUACAUCUUGAGAUGCUGGAUGAUCUAUCAACGGAUUCCCUCAUCAACUCUUUACGUGCAUUCAUAGCCAUCAGAGGUACAGUUCGGCAGAUAAGAUGUGAUCAAGGCACGAACUUUGUCGGCACCAGAAAUGAGUUUGCUGAAGCAUUCAAGGAAAUGGAUCAAGCAAAGCUGGAAAAACUGGACUGCGAGUUUCUCAUGAACACCCCAGCGUCAAGUCACAUGGGUGGUGUCUGGGAAAGACAAAUUCGCACCAUAAGAAGUGUACUCAUGUCAAUCCUGGAUCAAUCCAGCAAACAACUUGACAGCUCUUCUCUAAGGACAUUCCUUUAUGAGGUAAUGGCAGUCAUCAAUAGCAGGCCAUUGACUACUGACCAACUGUGUGAUCCAUCAAACCCAGAACCUUUAACACCAAAUCACAUACUGACCAUGAAGUCAACAAUCAUCUCCCCACCUCCAGGAAGGUUUGUAAAGGAAGAUCUUUAUCUCCGUAAGAGGUGGCGUCGUGUUCAACUCCUCGCCAACACCUUCUGGACAAGGUGGAAAAAAGAGUAUUUGUUAAACCUUCAAGGUAGACAGAAGUGGACCAAGGAGCAUAGAAAUGCUAAGGUUGAUGAUAUUGUUCUCCUGGAAGACGAGAUAACUCCACGCAGCCAGUGGAAAUUGGCAAAGAUUGCUGAAGUCUACCCUGGAAAAGAUGGAAUAGCGAGGAAGGUGAAAUUGUUAAUGAGUGAUCAAAACCUGGACGAAGAAGGAAAACGUACCUCCAAACCCGUUCAUCUGGAAAGGCCCAUUCAGAAGACAGUUGUUCUGAUGGAGGCAGAAGAAGAUUCUCAACCUCGCUCUGCCUAAAAUAUAGUUCAUAUUCUUUAAUUCAUAAGCUAUUCAUUAGUCAUAGUUGAUAAUUUGUUCUUUAAAAAUCACAAGUGAUUGGUGGGAGUGUAACAGUAUUAGCAUUUAAUGUCCCAUUGAGCUGUGUCCAGGCGUGCUCUUUUUGCGCCAUCUACUGGUAGGAUGUAGCGGGUACAAUUGUUUAUGUUUGGGUUUCUGCCCGAGCCCAUUUUGCUGAGACACAUGCUAUCUGUAGGCUGUAGCUGCCGGUUAGCUCCACUAAGAAUGAAAGAAACGUGAAAAUUUGAGACAAAAUUAAGAAAUAAGAGCGAAAGAAGAUAGAGAAGGAGAUAGAGGAUUAUUUAGCCCCCUCUGGGAUGUCAGCUCACGAGUUCUCACGGGUUGUCAAGACCAGAAUAAACCCUGUUUUAUAACUCUACAUCGUGCGUUCGUUGAUCCUUGAGGGUGCUACAUAUAUACACACACACAUUUUUACUCUAGCCUAAGACUAUCCCACGUUUUAUGUACAAACCAGAAUAAAAAUAUAAAUUGUUCUAAUCCGUGUGUAUGGGUUUCUAUAUAUAUAUAGGAACACACACACACGAAUUAAAAAAUAUAUAUUUUCAUUCUGGUUUGCUCUUAGCAAAAAUAAAUAAAAUCCUUCAAGUUCCAUAUGAGGAACAAAAUGAGAACGGUCCAGCGUUAAGACCACACUAACAGCAAUAAUUCUUAUUAACUGCUAUUGUUCUUGAUUUUUCAAACUGUCUCCAAUUAUGCCUUAACUGUGCAAGCAAAAAUUGAGUAUG